GCCAAAUCCAUGUAAACGGAAUCAUCUUAUCAACGUGGGAGGUUUAUUAAUUCUGUAAUUUCCUCAGCAGUGAAUAACUAGAAAUUUGGGCUCUCUGUCUGGUGAAGGGUCCAACUUCUGCCCUGUUACUCUGCAUGCUUCUCAUCAAAGUCCAUCCCAGAACAGUCCAUGGCUUCAAAAUUGACGUAACUCCUGAAUUAUGUGAGAUGUGUAGAAUGUCAUCACAACAAGCUUCUAGAGAGAGCUCGAACUCUUCAUACAUCAAACGUCCCCCACUGCCAAAUCCAUGUAAAUGGAAUCAUCUUGUCUACAUGGGAGGUUUAUCAAUUCUGUAAUUUCCUCAGCAGUGAAUAAUAAAAAAUUCAGCUUCCCUUCUGGUGAUGGGUCCAACUUUCUCCGUAUUAUUCUGCAUGCUUCUCGUCAAAGUCCAUCCCAGCACAGGUGCUGUUCUCCUGUGCUCUCAGCUCUGAUGCAAGCCUUACAGAAGAGUAAAUGGGAGGGAGUAACAAUGUGACAGAAUUUGUCCUCCUGGGCCUCACUCAGGAUCCUGAUUGGCAAAAAACAUUAUUUGUAAUGUUUUUACUCACAUACGUUGUGACGAUUGUAGGCAACCUGCUCAUCAUGGUGACUAUUAUGAGCAGCCCCUCCUUGGGCUCCCCAAUGUACUUCUUCCUGGCCUCCCUGUCACUCAUGGAUGCUGCUUAUUCCACUGCCAUUUCACCCAAAUUGCUUGCAGACCUACUCUGUGAUAAAAAGACGAUUUCCUUCCAAGCAUGCAUGGGUCAGCUCUUUAUAGAACACUUGUUUGGUGGAGCUGAGGUCUUCCUUCUGGUGGCGAUGGCCUAUGAUCGCUACGUGGCCAUCUGUAAGCCUCUGCACUAUUUGACCAUCAUGAAUCGACAGGUUUGCAUCCUUCUGUUGGUGGUGGCCUGGGUUGGCGGUUUGAUGCACUCUAUGGUCCAAAUUGUCUUUGUGUACAGACUCCCCUUCUGUGGACCCAAUGUCAUCGACCACUUCGGCUGUGACAUGUACCCGUUAUUGGAACUUGCGUGCACUGACACCUACUUUAUAGGUCUCACUGUGGUUGCCAAUGGUGGAGCCAUCUGCAUGGUCGUCUUUGUCCUUCUACUCAUCUCCUAUGGAGUCAUUCUAAGCUCCCUUAAAAGUUACAGUCAGGAAGGGAGGGGUAAAGCCCUGUCUACCUGCAGCUCCCACAUUACGGUGGUUGUCCUCUUUUUUGUUCCAUGUAUUAUCAUGUAUGUUAGACCUGUCUCCAACUUUCCCAUUGACAAAUACGUGACUGUGUUUUAUACAAUUGUCACUCCCAUGUUGAAUCCUCUAAUAUAUACCUUGAGAAAUUCAGACAUGAAAAAUGCUAUGGGAAAACUCUGGUGUAAAAAUUUAAUUAUAGAUGGAAUAUGA